CAGUUCAACUCAUGUGGUCACUCUCAUCCAGGACCAUCGCGGCGCUCUCAGGAAUUUGAAGAAUUAGGCUGGACUCAACGCUCUGGAGGAUGCUAUAUUAUGUAGUACCCGUAUGUGUCUACACACACCGAGGCCAACAGGUGUCGGAAUCCCUGCAACGCAUAGCCAACCAAACAUACCGACUGGCUCUCCGUCACCUUAGUACUCCUUCUCUUAUUCAUCAUGUUGAAGUUCUAUCGAGCAGCCAUGUCUCGUCGAGGAAACCAAAGCCACAACGAAUCUGGAGAGGAUGUUCCACUUGUGUCGUCUCCUGAUGACUCUGACCACCUCGAAUUCGACGAAAGUGGCCAAUUCUCCCCGCACCACACGUAUGAGAACGGCACGAGCCAUAACAGGGACCGUUCCCUAACACAUCGUAUAGUAUUGGUGUCUUCAACCAUCGUUUGCUUGCUCAGUGCUUGCCUGAGCGUAUUCCUUACCUUCCAUCGUUCGUUGAACUAUCCUGCCACCGACAACCUCAGUCUCUAUGAGCUCCAAUCCAAGGAGCUCAGCCAUCGGCUAUACGGCUUAUCGCGUCCUAGCCAGUUCAUGGGACUGGAGAAAAUCAACCGUACAUCCGACCACCUAAUCUCGGUAAUCAAUUACCCGUUCUUAGUCGCCCGGAUUGACGAAGCUCAUCCACACUCUCCCCUUUUGACUGGCGUUGAGAGUCGGAAGAUAGUUGAAGGACUUGAGGUGCGCAGGGUGCAAAUAGAUCGUGAUAUUUCAACCGUAAUUCAAUUUAGGGCCAUCGAUUGGAAAUUAGAGAAGUGCACUUUACAUCUCAAUCUUCCGAACGAAGAUUGGGGAAGUAUCGACAUCUUUCGGCUGGGAGCUGACACCGUACUUGAUUCUUCUCGGCUCUCGUACGCCACUCGUCCUUCAGUCAACGAGAAAUUGGGAAAUGUCGACAUUUCCAUUACCGCCAACUGGUCACAGCCUUUCCAUUGCCUCACAGACUCUAUUCAUACCUUCCUGCUUGUUGCUGCUCAACCGGACACUAGGGUAUCCUGGUGGCAAGACAAAACAAUUGAACACGCAUCCGUAUACAUCACACAGCAAGGUUUCUGACUGAUAUCAGCGCGGGAGAUAGAUAGAUAGCGGGAUCUACCGGCGGGGGUGACGGAAUCCUUCAGAGUAUUCUUUACUUCCAUCAUCUCAAUGCAUCAUUCUGAUUCAAGAAUGGUACGGUAAGCACUUGCCAUGUGUGGCUAGCGGGAUGAUUCUGCGGGUAGAAAACUGUGGAAGUAUUCGCUAUUGUGAGAUCUUUUCUGAGAACUAUUUAUGGUCACG